AUGUCCGAUAUCCCACGAAAAGCCGCUGGUAGUGCAAAAAUCGCCGUUCAAAAGGAAAUCACCAGUCCUGAAAUGCGUGAUUUGGGUGAGAACAUAAUCGAGCAUUCAAAUGGCCAUGGGAACAAUGGACAUACAAACUUACAACGGAAACAGCCCAAUGUCAAAGAUUUGGGAGUCGUUGAAAUCGCAACUGAUGAAAAGCCUGGUUCUGGAGAUGAGGAAAUCGUUGAAUUGGCACCUGUUGAUGGUGGAGCAGCAAUAAAAGUGGAACAAGAUAUGGCUGUGGAGCAGGAGACGAAAUUCACCAGGAGAACAUCAGCCAGGUUAACGUUUCAAGAAAAUCGAAUACUUUACUUGGAAUAG